AUGGCUAUGAGCUUGAAGGAAGCAGAGUGGUUGCAGAAAUACAAUGUUAGUGUUCACAGAAUGCACAAACUGCAAUCAGUUGUGUUGCACGGGUUGAAGAAUGCUGAAAUUCUCUUUUGGUUUCUUUGUAGACUUCCCAAUUUGAAAAUUCUAACAUUAGGAUCUUGUCACUUGAAAAGGAUUUGGGCUCCUGCCAGUCUUGUUUCACGUGAAAAAAUAGGAGUUGUUAUGCAACUUGAAAGGUUGAUAUUAAAAAGCAUGUGGUCUCUAGAGGAGAUUGGCUUUGAGCAUGACGUGCUUCUUCAAAGGGUAGAACGCUUAACCAUUGAAGGAUGUAUAAAAUUGAAAAACUUAGCGUCAUCCUCGGUAUCUUUUAGUUACUUAACAUAUUUAGAAGUUAUAAACUGUGGAUGGAUGAGGAAUUUAAUGACAUCUUCAACUGCUAAAACCUUGGUUCAACUCACAACUAUGAAAGCAAGUUCCUGCCCAAUGAUGACGGAAAUCGUUGCAGAAAAUGAAGAUGAGAAAGUGCAAGAGAUUGAGUUUCAACAGUUAAGAUCAUUAGAGUUGGUGUGUCUACAAAAUCUCAAAAGUUUCUUGAAUGCCGAUAAGUGUGACUUAAAAUUUCCACUACUGGAAAAUUUAGUAGUGAGUGAAUGCCCUAACAUGACAAUCUUCUCUAAAGUUCAAAGUACUCCAAACCUACAAAAAGUACAUGUUGUGGCAGGAGAAAAAGAGAAAUGGUACUGGGAAGGUGAUUUGAAUGCAACUCUACAAAAACAUUUCACAAAUCAGGUGUCUUUCAUGCAUUCAAAGUCUAUGAAGCUAGUGGAUUAUCCUGAGAUGAACGAAGUUCGCCACGGCAAACCUGUUUUUCCAGACAAUUUCUUUGGCAGUUUAAAGAAAUUAGAAUUUGAUGCAGAAAGUAAAAGAGAAAUUGUAAUUCCAUCUCAUGUACUACCUUACUUGAAGAACUUAGAAGAAUUGAAUGUAGAGAGCUGCAAAGCAGCACGGGUAAUAUUUGACAUCGAUCACACUGAGGCAAAGACCAAGGGAAUACUCUUUCGUUUGAAAAAGCUUACAUUAAAAGACUUGUCAAAUUUGAACUGUGUAUGGAACAAAAACCCUCGAAGAAUAGUCACUUUUCCCAAUUUGCAAGAAGUAUUUGUUUCUGGUUGUGCAACCUUGGUAAAACUGUUCCCUUCUACUCUUGCCAGAAAUCUUGGGAAGCUUAAGACACUUGAUGUAAAAAACUGUAACAAGAUGAUAGAAAUUGUUGAAAAGGAAGAGGAAAAGGAACAUGGAACAACUGAAAUGUUUGAAUUUCCUUGUUUGUCGAUGUUGGUACUUUGGAGUAUGCCACAACUUAUUUGCUUUUAUCCUGAAAAACACCAUCUGAAAUGCCCCAUCUUAGAAACAUUAUACGUGGCCUACUGUCGUAAGUUGAAGCUAUUCACAUCAGAAUUUCAUCAUAGUCUGGGACAACAACCUCUAUUCUCUAUUGAAAAGGUUUUUCCGAAUCUGAAGCGAGUGACACUCAAUGAGAAGAACAUCAUCUUGUUGAACGAUGGACAUUCACCAGCAGACCUCCUUCGAAAAUUAAAUUAUCUUGACCUGUCGUUUGAAGAUGAUAAAAUUAAGAAAGAAACUUUGCCUUUUGACUUCUUUCACAAGGUACCCAGUCUAGAACAUCUUCGAGUGUCUAGAUGCUUUGGUCUCAAGGAGAUAUUUCCCUCUGAAAAAAUCGAUGAUCAUGAUGGAAUACUAGUUGGAUUGAAUGAAUUAACCCUGCAGAGUCUUCUUGAGCUGGAGUCGAUAGGGUUGGAUCACCCAUGGGUAAAGCAAUACUCUGAAAAGCUUCAAGUGUUAUCACUUGUUGAGUGCCCUCGGUUAGACAAAUUAGUGAGUUUUACUGCCUCUUUCAUCAAUCUGAAGUAUUUGGUUGUGAAGAACUGUAGUAGUAUGAAGUAUCUAUUCACAUUUUCAACGGCCAAAAGUUUGCUGCAGCUUGAGACUCUACAUGUAGGGAAUUGUGAGUCAAUGAAAGAAGUAACAAAAAAAGAAGAUGGAGAUGGUUGUGAUGAGAUCAUAUUUGGACGGCUCACAAACUUAUGGCUCUAUUCCUUACCAAGUCUUGUAAGCUUUUAUUCAGGGAAUGCCACUUUGCAAUUCUCAUCUUUGAAAAUAAUGAGACUAUCUAAAUGCCCCAAUAUGAAAACUUUCUGUGAAGCAGACAUAAAUGCGCCAAUUUUUUGCGGUGUUAAAUAUUCUAUGGCGGAUUCUGAUCUAACCUUCCUCAAUGAUCUCAACAUGACAACUGAGAGUUUGUUCCAUCAGCAGGUUUUCUUCGAAUAUACAAAGCGUAUGAUUCUAGAGGAUUAUCUUGAGACGAGGGGAGUUGGACCCGUCAAACCUGCUUUCCCAGAAAAUUUCUUUGACAAUUUAAAGAUGAUGGAAGUGGAUGGAGCAAGUAAAAGAGAUAUUGUGAUUCCAUCUCAUGUACUUUCUCACUUGAAGAGCUUAGAAGAAUUGAAUGUACAUAGCUCUGAUGAGGUGCAGGUAAUAUUUGGUAUGGAUGACAGCCAGGCCAAGACCAAAGAUAUUGUCUUUCAUUUGAAAAAGCUUACUCUAAAAGACUUGUCAAAUUUGAAACGUGUAUGGAACAAAAAUCCCCAAGGAAUUGUCAGAUUUCCAAAUUUGCAAAAAGUGUUUGUUAAUGGCUGUGGAAACUUGGUAACAGUGUUCUCUUCAUCCCUUGCCAAAAAUCUUAAGAAGCUUGAGACACUUGAAAUAAAAGAGUGUGAGAAAUUGGUAGAAAUAGUUGGAAAGGAAGAUGCAAUGGAACAUGGAACGACAGUAAUGUUUAAAUUCCCUUGUUUGUCCAGGCUAACUCUUUAUAACCUGACACUUCUUAGUUGCUUUUAUCCGGAAAAACACACUAUAGAAUGCCCCAGAUUGGAAAUCUUACAUGUAGCUUACUGUUCCAAGUUGAAGAUAUUCACAUCAGAGAUUCAUGAUAACCACGAAGCAGUUAUAGAGGCUCCAAUAAGCUGCUUACAACAACCUCUAUUCAUGGUUGAAAAGGUUGUUCCCAAACUGAAGGGAUUGACACUGAAUGAGGAAAACAUUAUGUUGUUGAGCGAUGCACAUGUGCCACAAGACUACCUCUGCAAAUUAAAUCUUCUUCGGCUAUGCUUUGAGGAUGAUAACAAUGAGAAAGAAACUUUGCCUUUUGACUUCUUUCACAAGGUACCCAGAAUAGAACAUCUUCGAGUGCAGAAAUGCUUUGGUCUCAGGGAGAUAUUUCCGUCUCAAGCUCAUGAUGGAAUUCCUUCGCCAUUGAAAAAAUUAUUCCUAUUUGAACUGAAUGAGCUUGAGUCGAUAGGGUUCGAGCACCCAUGGGUAAAGCCAUACUCUGAAAAUCUUCAAAUAUUAAAACUUCGCAGCUGCCCUCGGUUAGAAAACUUAGGGUGUUGUGCAGUUUCUUUCAUCCAUUUGAAAAAGUUGGUGGUGAGGUUCUGUGAAAGGAUGAAGUAUUUAUUCACAUUUUCAACUGCCAAAAGCUUGGUGCAACUUGAGACCCUAGAUAUAGAGAAUUGUGAAUCAAUAAAAGAAAUAGCAAAAGAUGAAAAUGAGGAUGGUUAUGAUGAUGUCAUAUUUGGACGGCUCACAACAUUAAGGAUGAAUUCCUUACCUCGGUUAGAAAGAUUUUAUUCAGGAAAUGCCACUUUGCAACUUCCAUGUUUGGAAAAGGCAAAUGUAAGUAAUUGCCCCAAUAUGAAAACGUUCUCCAAAGGAAUCCUAAAAGCGCCAAGGUUUUUGGGGAUUGAAACAUCAUUGAAGGAUUCUAAUUUAUUCUUCCAGGACGAACUGAACACGACAUUCAAGAGGUUGUUUCAGAAACAGGUCUUCAGAUUAAUAAUUACUUUGCAUCUACAGGUGGAAAAGUCUGCAUGUGAUAUAGAGCAUUUGAAAUUUGGUGAUCACCCUCACCUAGAAGAGAUAUGGUUUGGUGUAGUUCCAAUCCCAAGAAACAAUUGUUUCAAUAAUUUGAAAUAUUUUACUUUGGUGGAAUGUGAAUCUUUAUGUAAUGUAAUUCCUUUUUAUAUACUACGAUCUCUAUGUAACUUGAAAGAGAUCGAGGUAAGCAACUGUCCAUCUGUUAAGGCAAUAUUUGAUGUGAAAGAUACGGAAGCAUAUAUGAAACCGGUCUCUCUUCCUUUGAAGAAACUGAUUCUAAAUCAGUUGCCAAAUUUGGAGCAUAUCUGGAAUCUGAAUCCUGAUAGAAUUCUAAGCCUUCAAGACUCACAAGAAGUGUACAUUUCUAACUGUCAAAGCCUUAAAAGUUUGUUUCCAACAUCUGUGGCCAAAAAUCUUGCUAAGCUUGAUGUGAGAUCUUGUGCAACAUUGGUGGAAAUUUUGGUGGAGGCUGAAGCAGCCUUCGAGGGAGAAACCAAACAGUUCAAUUUCCAUUGUCUGACCUCAUUAACGCUAUGGGAAUUGCCAGAGCUCAAGUACUUCUGCCCUGGAAAAAACUCCCUAGAGUGCCCAAUGCUAACACAUCUAGAUAUAUAUCAUUGUGAUAAGUUGAAUUUGUUUACAACUGAGCACCAGAGUGGUGAAGUUACAGACGUAGAGGAUCAGCAAGCCAUUUUCUCAGUUGAAAAGGUUUUUCCAAACUUGGUGCAAUUAUCACUCAAAAAGGAAGACGUCAUGGCAAUUUCGCAAGGACAGCUCCAGGUUAUGCCUAACUUGGAGCAUCAAGCAAUCACUUGCAAAGACAAUAUAAUUGGACAAGGACAAAAUGGUGCAAAUGCUGCACAUCUCCUGAAAAAUUUAGAAGUUCUGAAACUAAUGUGCUAUCAUGAGGAUGACGAGUCAAAUAUAUUCUCCAGUGGAUUGCUUGAAGAAAUACCUAACAUUGAAAAACUUGAAGUGGCUUGCAGUUCCUUCAAUGAAAUAUUUUCCUCUCAAAAACCUAGCGCUGAUUUUACCGAAGUACUUUCAAGGCUUAAAAGAUUACAUUUGAAGAAUCUCCAACAGCUCAUUUCCAUAGGAUUAGAGCACUCAUGGGUAGAACCCUUACUUGAAACAAUAGAAACAUUGGAAGUGUUUUCUUGCCCUUGCCUGAAAACUGUUGUGCCAUCCACCAUGUCUCUUUCAAAUCUGACUUCUUUGAGUGUCGGUGAAUGUGAUGGAUUGGAACAUUUGUUCACAUCCUCAACAGCCAAGAGUCUAGGUCAACUGAAGCAGAUGUCCGUACGGGAUUGCCAAGCGAUACAGGAAAUAGUGUCCAAAGAGGGAGAUGAUGAAUCCAGUGAUGAAGAAAUAGCAUUUGAGCAGCUCAGAAUUUUGUGUCUUGAAUCAUUGCCAAACAUAGAAGGAAUUCACUCAGGGACGUUCAAGUUGAAAUUCCCAUCCCUUGAUCAAGUGACUUUAACGGAAUGCCCUAAAAUGAAAUAUUCCUAUGUACCUGAUCUGCAUGAAUUCAGGGCUCAAGAACAAAUUUAA